AUGGGGGUCUUGGGACUGUACUGUAACCACGGGAUCCCGGGGCUUUUCUGCAGCAGGGCAGGUUGCUGCGAGGAAUAUGGGGUCAGCGGGCCCGUCGGUGAGUCCGGGGACUUCCCGGAUGCCAGGGCAGGUCCUCCGAAGACGCAGGCAUGGGUGUCCGCGGCGCCCUGGGCGCGGCGGUGCUCACUCGCCCUGCCGCCGCCCGCAGGUGAGCCGGCGCAGCGCUGGUCCAUGCACGUGCCGGCCGAGGUGAGCGCGGCGGCGGGCGAGGCGGCCGUGCUGCCCUGCACCUUCACGCACCCGCACCGCCACUACGACGGGCCGCUCACGGCCAUCUGGCGCGCGGGCGAGCCGUACGCGGGCCCGCAGGUGUUCCGGUGCGCGGCGGCGCAGAGCAGCGAGCUCUGCCAGACGGCAGUCAGUCUGCACGGCCGCUUCCGGCUGUUGGGCAACCCGCGCCGCAACGACCUCUCGCUGCUCGUGGAGCGCCUCGCCCUGGCCGACGACGGCCGCUACUUCUGCCGCGUCGAGUUCGCUGGCAACGUCCACGACCGCUACGAGUGCCGCCACGGUGUCCGGCUCCGCGUGACCGCCGCCCCGAGAAUCGUCAAUAUCUCCGUGCUGCCGGGUUCUGCGCACGCCUUCCGCGCGCUCUGCACCGCCGAAGGGGAGCCACCGCCCACUCUCGGCUGGUCCGGCCCUGCGCUGGGUAACCAAUCAGCUACCCUGUCGGGCCUGGGUCAGGGUCACAGCCAUCAGGUAACCGCCGAGCUGCCAGCUCUGGUCCACGACGGCCGCUACACGUGCACUGCUUCCAACAGCCUGGGCCGCGCAGAGGCCAGCGUCUACUUGUUCCGUUUUCACGGCGCGUCUGGGGCUCCAGCGAUCGCCUUGCUGCUCGGCGCGCUCGGCCUCAAGGCGCUGCUGCUGCUCUGCGUUCUGGCCGCCCGCGCCGCGGCCCGCCGCCGCCUAGAGAGCCCAGUCACCCAGGACACCGCACCACGGCCCCAGGCUCAGGAGUCCAAUUAUGAAAAUUUGAGCCAGAUGAGCCCCCGGGGCCAGCAGCACCCAUGUGUUCACCACGAGGAAGUACUUGGCUACCGGCAUCCACUUGUGCACCAUGAGGAGCGAAGAACAGCAUCAGGAUUGGCUGGGGCAGCCCUUCCUGGCUCCUGGACACCUUGGCAGCCCCCAACUAGACAAAUCCCAUAAGGAGGCCAGGACCCCACUCACAGUGGUCUCCUCCAUGGACAUCUGUCUCAGAGCCCCCAUAUUUAUGUCAAUGGGGCCAACAUUUUUAAAGUGUGUAUGCACCCAUGCACACAUAAGCUCCAACGUGAAACUUCCAGAAAAACUCCUCUCACCCUUUCUCGCCGAGACCACCAUAGUGAUGCAGGCAGGAGGCUCUGGAGGCCCGGGCUCCAUUGCAGCCAUCACCCACCUGCUGUGUUGACCAGGGCACUUUUUUCACUUCUUUGGGACUCAGCUCAUCCACUGUUGAACACAGACAGUAAUAUUCUUCCAUCCUUGCUGGUAGGACCAUCAAAAUCAGAGGAAUUAUGAAUAUGAAGGGACUUUGGGAAGUACAAAGCCAUCUACAGACAUGAGAGGUGUCACCGGCUCCUCCUUGCAAGGCAGCCUGGGGAUAUGCAAAUGGCUCUUGGAAACUGUGGUGGCCACACCGGCCUUGCUGAGAAUGAGGAUUCUAGACAGCAAGUCUGGGUGUGCAAACCUGUGGUCCCAGGAACCUCCAAUUGGCAGUGAGGAGUCUAGUGUCCCUAUUCCUGGGGCCCUUCUGUGUUGUCCAAUACUUUUUGCCCACCUCUCACUCCAUCAGCUGCUCUGCAUUACCUUUGCUGGGACCCCUGGGAAAAGGAAACAAAACACCCAUCAUCUCAAAGCAUCUGGAAUCCAGUGUUGCCAAGGACUGAAACCUGGGAGGCCUGAGGGGCACUCUGGGUUGCAGGGUCCCAUGGAUAGAGCAGCUGCAGCACUGACCUCUGUCUGAGACCUGCGUCCUCCCAGGAUGUGCAAAGUCCAAAAGCACCAAUAAUUUCAUCCCAUUUGCCUGAGUUCUGCCUUCAUCGGUUGCUGCUUUCCCUAUUCACACAUCAGUGCAAACAUGUUUUAGCCCCUGCAGUCUCUGGGGUCAGGGAGAGGAGGAGGGGGUGUGUCUGACACCCAGAAAAGCUGGCAGAGGAAAGGGCAACUGCUAUCGGGGACUGAAGAGGCCAGGGGAACAAACUCUUUCCUUCAGAACUUUCCCCAGAGCUGGAGUGGUAACCUACAGUAAGCUCAGGGUCCUCUCUGAUGCUUUUCUACAGAGAUGGCCUGAAGGUUGAAGAAUCUUCACAAGUUAGUAAGUAGGGCAGUGGGUUCUGUGAGGUUCCCCUCCUCACCAGAGCAAGGGGGUGAUGGAUCCAUCCAGAAGACUGAUCUGUCAAAGAUCAGAGGAGUUGGCAUUUGUAACUCCUUGUAUGGGAAUACUUCGGGGCACCUCCAGAGUCCUGUUCACCAGGGAAGAAGUGAAGGGCACAGGAGUGGUAUGUCUUGGAACAUCUGCCUGGUCUUUAAGGCCAGUUUCUCAGCCAAGAAUACAGUGAUAGGAAUUACUAAUUUGUUUGUUUUGUGCUGGGAAUUGGGCCAGGUGUUUGGGGAUACAGAAAUGACCGAGGCAUGUGUUUCAGUCAGGCUGUGCUAGGUUGUGCUGUAGUAACAAACAAAUCCUAAAUUCACAGUGGCUGAAGACAAGCAGGGUUUAUUCUCACCAAAGCUACAUGCCCAUCACAUACUGGCAGGGGUGCUUUGCACACUGUUUUUACUCAGGGACUCAGGCUCCCAGGGAUCCACCAUCUCUCAUGUUGUGGAUUGCUGGGUUGGAGAUAAAAAUAAAGCUCUAGCCCUCCCAAUUGUGGUCAUAGUUCACUGGCCAGAACUAGCCACAUGUCCAACCACCCUCAAGGGCCUGGGCAGUGCAACCUUAUACUGUACCUGGAAGGAAGAAAUCAAGAAGCAUUUGGGAACAGCCCUGAUAACUCCACUGUAGAACUCUCCCGGAGUUCUCAUGCUAGUUAAGCCACACAGCCCAGUAAGUGUGGAAUAAGAUGUGAAAGUAACAGUAGGAAGUGCUGUGGGAAAACACAAAAAAGAAUGGGCAGCCCAGUUUUGGGAAGGGUUUCUGGAGGAGAAGACAUAGAAAUGGUGCACAUUGGCCAUGCAAAUGGGGAAGAAUGUUAGUUGGAGGUAAGAAAGUAUGUCAUUCUAAACAGAAGGGACAGUCUUAAAAAAGGCCAGGAGGUCGGACACAGGGUGAUGUCCAAGCAGUUCAAAGUUGCUGGAGUUAGGGGGCAGCAGUAGGCUUCCACCUGGUGAAGAAUUGCUGCCUCCAACAGGGAUGCGAGUAGCAGAGGGAGGCAGGGUGCCCAAGGGGCCAAGCCCGGGGUUGGUUCUGGUACUGUUUCCCAUGGCUGCUGCACCUACUCCAGACCCAAGAUGCCCUGGGGCUAGGGUUUCCCCCACAGCACCUUGGGCUCUCAGAGCAGGGUUUCCCCAGCGAGUGCUGAGGGUUGCCUGCAUCAAGAACACAUGGGAACCUUGCUCAUGGGAACCACCUGGACCUCCUGAAUCACAGGCUGUGAGUGUAGGGAUGGAAUUUUAAACUAACUCUCCAGAUGAUUUUGCCCCUAACUUUGUAUUAUGGUCAUUUUCAAACACACAAACACAAAGCUGAAAAAAAUUAAGAUGAUCAACAAGAUACCCACCACCCAUAUUCAACAGUUACUAACAUUUUGCCGUAUUUGCUUCAUGUGUGUGUUUGAACUAUUUGAGAGUAAACUGCAGGAACCAGUCCUUCACUCCUGAAUACCUCAGCUGUGUCUACUAAGAGCAAAGCCUUCUCCUCCACAACCUCAAUGCCAUCAUCACAUUUGAGAAAAUGUGAACAAUUAUUCAAUAAUACCAUCUUACAGCCCACAUUCAUAUUUCCCCAACUGUUCUCAAAUGCCUUUUCUGGCUUGUUUUUAAUCAGGCUCCAGUUUACUCCAGGUGAUUCUUAAGCAAGCUGAAGUUUGAGACCCCUGUGGGAUGCCCAGCUCAUAAGGUGCCAGCGUACAACCCAUGGCCCUUUCAAGGUGUGUCUUACAAAUGUUAAUGCAAACAAAUGCUAAGGCAGGGCUCCUGGGCAUUUCAAUGCUGUGACCAAGUUAGGGUUACACUGUCACCCUCAACCUCCGCCAGCUGGGCCCUCCCAGAGGCAUUCCCACCCCAACCCUGGAAUUCAGGCCUUGGAAUCUUUGUGCAGCUUCCUGUCCCUCCUCCUACCAUGGUCACAACUGCAUUACAGACCCACAGGGAUCUCCUUGGCUCUCCUGCACUCCCUGGGGCCACCAGUGGCCUCCUGUCUAUGCCGAUUCUUAAACCAAGCUUUACAUUCUCUUUGAAACUAGACACCUUGCCUAUUGUGUUGAAGUGUCACAGAAUAUAGGUUCUAUUCGUUACAAGCCUUCUAAUUUCACAUUUUUCUUAGUGUAAUUUCUGCAUGAAAAGACCUGCCAACCAGUCUGCCCAAAGCGGGACGUGUCCACCGUGUGUAAACUGAACUUGAGUCUAGUUUAUUUGCAGAAUUUUACUUAGCCAAUUCUCAUUUCUCCCUUUUUCUCAUUACAUAAAAACUUGUCUUCUGUACAAGCAUGUAAAAUGCUAAACUCCCAACCCCUGAACAAGUGAAUAUUGCACAUUUAAUGACCCAACUAGGC